AUGAGAGCCGAGCAUCAUCGCCAUUCGACUGCACCGAUUACAUUUCAUAACGAAGAGGCUGGAGAUAUCAUUAGCUGGCUGACCAGAAGCACUGCGGCGUCUGGUGGGAAGUGUAUCCUUGCUUCGUUUUAUACCGUUUAUAAUGCGCUUGCAGCAACGCGCCCUGACUUGGUUCGUAUUCUUGCACGUUCUGACUGGCCUUUCGCAUUGCCACGAUUUCAGUGCCGCCCUGUGCUAUUCUACCAUGAUGGUAGGAUCAUUGCCAACUUUGGCAGAGCCGCCUUGUUGGGCAGCGCAAGCCACGUUCGAUCAGACCGACUUCCCAAGCUAAACGAUGUUCAAAUUGAGGCUCUGGAUGCCAUUGAGACAAUUGCAAAAGCAACGCAACUCGAAAUUACUACGCAGGCCGGGGACAUUCAUUUUAUUAACAACUUGGCCGUUCUUCAUCGGCGCGAAGGAUUUAUCAACGGGAGCUCCGCCAGAGAGAAGCGUCAUCUGGUACGAAUGAGACUUCGUGAUGCUGAGAUGGGCUGGACUAUCCCCGACGACCUGAAGGAUGAAUGGAAAAAGACCUUUGACCCGAAAUUGAACCGUGUGUGGCAUCUAGAGGCGAUGCCUGACGGCUUCUUCCCUUUGCGAUCGCAAGCAAACUGA